GCUGCACCGUGGGAGGCGGAGUGUAGGACCCGGCGGUGCCAGUGCGUGUGCGCGCGUGUGGUGCCCUCCCAUGUUGCUGAGCCCCGAGCCUGCCCGUCCGCCCUCGCAAUGGCGUUCAUGGAGAAGAAGAGCCCGGGCAAGGUGCUGCUGGACGAUACGGUGCCGCUGAGCUGUGUGAUUGAAGCCAGCCAGAACCUGCAGUCGCACACGGAAUAUAUUAUUCGUGUACAACGUGGAGUUUCAGCAGAAAACAGUUGGCAGAUUAUCAGAAGAUACAGUGACUUUGAUGUCCUGAAUGCUAGUUUACAGAUCUCGGGCCUGAGCCUACCUCUACCUCCCAAAAAGCUCAUUGGAAAUAUGGAUCCUGAGUUCAUAGCAGAAAGACAAGAAGGACUUCAGAAUUACCUGAAUUUCAUAACAACACAGCAUAUGCUGUCAAACUGUGAACUGGUUAAAAAAUUUCUUGAUCCCACCAACUACUCCUCUAACUACACUGAAAUUGCCUUACAGCAAGUAUCCAUGUUCUUCCGUUCUGAGCCUAACUGGGAGGUCGUAGAACCACUGAAGGAAAUAGGUUGGAGAUUAAGAAAACGGCACUUUUUAAUAAAGAGUAAGGAUCGACCCAAAGAACGGCAAGUAUUAAGUUGGGCUGACUUUGGUCCAGAUAUGUUUUUGCCUGAUAAAGAUCUUCAAUCAGCAAUGAAACUUUUACCUUCUUGGUCUCAUCCAUAUAUCUAUCCUGUAACCUUUGCCACAGCGAGUGAUUCUUCAGCACUUGUAAUCCGAAUGUAUAAUGAAAAAGGAACGCUAAGAGAUUAUAUCUGCAAGGCUAAACCAAAAGAUCCUUUUAUGAAGAAAUACUGCAGCCCUAAGAAAAUCCAGGGGCUUGAUCUUCAACAAAUAAAAACUUUUGGGAGACAAAUACUUGAGGUGUUGAAGUUUCUACACGAGAAAAGAAUUCCAUAUGGACAUCUUCAUCCAUCGAAUGUGAUGCUUGAUGGAGAUACAUGUAAAUUACUGGAUUUAGAAAACUCGUUACUAGGAUUGCCCAGCUACUAUAGAGCUUACUAUACACAGUCCAGGAAAAUCAAUACAACAGAAGCCAUUGAUGUUUAUUCCUUUGGCCAUUUGCUGUAUGAGAUUACGUAUGGAAGGCCGCCAGAUUCUGUGCCAGUGGACAGCUUUCCAUCUGCCCCCUCAUUAGAAAUAGUAUCUGUGUUGCAGUCUAUCCUUUCUGCAGAAGCCUGGAAAACAAGCAUGCCAACAAUUGCCCAGCUGUUGGAGACACCGUUAUUCAGUGAUGUGCUGCUUAAUACUGAAAAGCCCCAGUUUAAGAUACCUACAAAACUGAAGGAAGCUUUAAAAACAGCAAAAGAAUGUAUGGAGAACAAGCUAAAUGAAGAACAAAAAGCUAUUCAUCGGCAUAAGAGGCUGACACGGGCACAAUCUCAUCAUGGAUCAGAGGAAGAGAAGAAGAGGAGGAAGACUUUGGCAAGAAAGAAAUCAAAGCAGUCUAUAACUGAAAAUGAAGCAGAUAUCUCAACUAAAAGCAGCAACUCAAACAAUAUAAACUCUGGCUCUGGUGCUAGUUCUCCUUUAACAUCACCAUCUUCUCCUACUCCUCCUACAACUGGAGUUUCAUUUGUUGCUUCACCACCAGCUGCACCUCCUCCUCCAAAGUCUGAGACUGACCUUCCAUCACAAUUAGUUUCUACUGCCAAUGGAGCAGGCAGAGCAGCCUUACUCAGCUCAAUUCAAAGCUUUAAAAAGGGGCACUUGAAGCCUACAGAUACAAAUGACCGCAGUGUUCCUACCAUCAAGUAAUACAACAUGGCUUUGUUACUGGACUGUUUUGAAUACCAAACUUGAAAUCCUGAAGAAAAUAGGGAUGUUGGUGAGUGGAGUUCUGUCCAGGACAAUCAUUCCUUUUCACAGAUCUGUCUUGCUGUGCCCCCUUCUGGACAUGGCUAUUUCUGGAGUAGAUCCUUUGUCUUUUAGCAGUUGUCAGUAAACUUAACCAGUACAAGAAUAGCAAUCUUAAAAAAUAUAGUUUGACUAUAAUCACCUAUUCUGAAGAAAGUGCACUUUAAAAUACCACUGUUUUACCUUAAAGAAACAGCUGUUUCUAUGCAGAAAGAUUUGUGGUAUAUUAUCUGUACAAAUUUUC